CCUCCAGAGCAAGGAGGAGCCUCCCCCUCCAGCUAAGCAGUAUUUACACUUGUUGCCAGCUGGAGGAGGAGAAUCUGCAUCAGCUCAGAGCUUCGGUGGCACUGGGAGAGCUUGUCAAAGCUCACAGCUGCUGCUAACUUUCCUGCACAUUUUUGAAGCUUGUCUUAUCCCAGUUCCUUGCUCAAACACAAACUGGGAGACCGGAGGAUUGUAUCCAGGCCUGACCCUACUGGACUCUGCAGGAUUUGCCAUCUGCAUAGGUUAAAGCAGACCUUCUGUCCCAGAUCCCUGCCUGGCUCAGGUUAGGUCACAGUGAAGACAAGAAUACCAGGAUGCCUAAGAAAAUGCCAAGGGACUGCCAGACCCCCAGGCAUCACAGCAAGAGGAAAAGGGGUUUGUUGUUGCCUCUGCCACCGCUGCCGCCACCACCACUACCCCCAUCAGCUGCACCAUCUUCAUCAUCUUUGCCUUCAUUGUUUUUUUUCCCAACACAACGGUGCCAUCCCAGUCUCUUCAAAAAGUGUGCACAAGAAAUCCGUCAGAUACACUGCAAACAGGACUACUUUGCAGUAGUAGAGAAAAAUGGGAGCGUUAUCAUCUUUGACCAAGGAGAUGAACACCAGGGUCAUCCCAGGAAACCUAGACAUGUUAAUUUAAGAAAGAAUACGCGGGUGGAUUGCGUGGACACUGAAGCUACCCAUAUGCUCAUUCUCUCCUUGGAAGGCAAACUAUCUGAGCACAGUGUUUCAACCACAACGAAGUCUGAAAUAAGACUUUUGGAAGAUUUAGGAAACAAGCCUAUUGUUCAGAUUGCAUGUGGAGACCAUCAUUCUAUGGCACUGUCUAAAGGAGGUGAGCUCUUUACCUGGGGAAAGAAUUCCCAUGGCCAGCUCGGAGUCGGAAGCCAGAUCACAUUCACCAAGAUGCCACAGCUGGUGAAGGACCUCCAGGGCAUCCCUGUAGCUCAGAUUGCUGCAGGAGGAGCUCACUGUCUUGUCCUAUCCCUGUCAGGGGCUGUCUACUCAUGGGGAAAGAACAGUUUUGGACAGCUGGGACUGGGGUACACAAAAGACGUGGCUUUCCCUGAGUAUAUUACAGCCCUAGAACAUAAGAAGACUGUGUUUGUCUCAUGUGGGGGUGAGCACUCUGCUGUUCUCUCAAAGGAUGGAUUGGUGUGUACCUUUGGAGCAGGAGGGCAUGGACAGCUUGGUCACAACUCCACCAGGAAUGAGCUGACCCCUCGACUUGUGGCUGAACUUUUUGGAGCACAAGUGUCUCAGAUUGCAUGCGGAAGAUGGCACACCCUCGUCUAUGUCUCCUCCUUGGGAAAAAUCUAUGGAUUUGGUUCCAGAGAAGAAGGGCAGCUGGGAAACGGGGACAAGUCAUCUCAGUUAAUACCACUUCCCCUCAAACUCCCUUUGAAUGAGGAGAAUGGUAGAAAACACAACCAGGAGAAUGGUACUUCAGGCAAUGGGAUUAAAAUUAUUGCAGGAGGAAACCAAAGCAUUGUGCUGUUCUUGAAGGAAAAGGAUCCAUAUAUUAAUCUGAAUGGAAUUGCUGUGGUGAACAAUGAAAAGUUGGACAAAUGGAUUUCUUGUUCAGAAGCUCAGCAGUGGGAACAUGUAAAGAAGAAUAUUAGAUUGAUCUUUUCAUCUGUGGCUUGUGUCAAUGGAAGCUUCUUGGAAAAAAGAGACAAACAUUUUGGAACGUCCCAUAAAAUAUCAGGUGUAGAUGUAUCAGAAGUGCUGAUUUUUUAUGAGAAGAUCAAGAAGAAGCCAAGAGUCUUUCAGCAGGUGAUAAAGGAAACUGAGAAACUGCUGAAAUCACUGCCUUCCUCUUCCCUCUCACCUGAGGCCCUCAGGGUCUACCUGAUUAUGCCGGUCCUCUUACGGGGACAGGAUGACCAAUCUAAUCAGCUCCUUGGCUUAUUAGCAGAAGCCAUCCUGAGACUCCAGCACAAAGACCUGCAGGUUCUAGAAUCCUUAUGGUCAAAUCUAGAAACACCUUUUUUCAAGGAUCUUGUGAACCUAUAUCAAAGGCUUUGUAGAAUCAAUCUCUCUCACUUAACAAUUCAAGCCAAAACAUUUAAAGAAUUGACCUAUGGGCCACGGGUGGAGAUGACCUCAAGAGUCCUACAGAUUCUUUACCAGGUGAAUUGCAAAGCCGGGUUCAAAGUACAAGAAAACAACUUCUAUGUACCCGAAAUGAAAGAGAUUUGGCAGCAAGAUUGGUGUAUUGAUGCGUUCUUAAAUGAAGAUGAGUUUGGGAGACUAGUUGCUUCAAAGUCCACGGAAAUGAUGAUUUUACAGAAGCUGACAAAGUACCCAUGCAUCUUUGACAUGAAAGAUAAGAUUAAGGCUUACAGGGUGGCCUGUCAGUGGGUACACUUGUCAAGACCCACUCAUCCAUUUGUUUUGCACGUUAGAAGAGAACACCUGGUGAAUGAUACCUUGCAGACUCUAAGGAUCAGAGUGCCUACAAUGUAUGGGGAACCUUUAAAAGUGAAGUUUCAUGGUGAACCAGGAAUAGAUGGCGGUGGUUUGUCUCGAGAGUUCUUCCGGAUCAUUACCAAGGAGCUAUGUGAACCAAAAGCACAGAUAUUCAGACGUUUUGAACGCUCCAGUCUGAUUUGGUUCCCCAGCCAGGUAUCAGGACACCAAGACAUCUUUCACCUGAUUGGGAUCCUCUCUGGAAUGGCUCUGUUUAACUUUCACAAAGUUCCCUUUCCUUUCCCAUUGGCUCUGUACAAGAAGAUGCUGGAUACCCCACCGACUCUGGAAGAUUUAAAAGAGCUGUCCCCCACAGAAGGGAGCAAUCUUCAGAAAGUGCUGGAUGAAGAAUAUGAUGACAUUCUGGAACAAAUGAUGUUGGAUUUCACAGUAAUGAAGAAAGAAGGAGAAUCUAUAGUUACUGUUGAACUUAAAGAAAAUGGUGCAAACAUUCCCAUCACUAAGCAUAACAGGAAAGAAUAUGUUGAUGCCUAUGUGAAUUAUACAUUCAAUGAAUCUGUGAAGAAGCCAUUUAAGGAUUUCAUGGAUGGAUUUUUAAGAGGCUGCCCAGCCAACGGGUGGAGAAUCUUUCUUUCCACUGAACUCCAGGCCGUUUUCUGUGGACAUACCAAAUAUGACUGGCAGCUGCUAGAAAAGGUAACUCAGCCAGGCAGACAUGUAGCUGCUCAACUGGCUGGACAUACAUUUCCUGUGCCUUGUUCCUUUUUUGAGUUUAUGGUUCAUGAGUGA